AUGUUGGCGUCCUCAACACAGGCCACACGAGGAUUUUCCCCGUCGUUGGGAGAGGCUCUCGCCAACUCCACUGUUGCUGAUGUGGCCAAGAAUCAUGCUGAUGAGCUUGCUCAGCACCUUCCAGCGUCUGAUGAUCCAGCUAAAGAGCUUGCCGAUACCGUGAGAACGCCACAAUUCAGACAAGCUGCUGACACUCUUGGACAUGCUCUUCAAACUGGUCAAUUGGGACCAGUUCUCUCUCAGUUUGGUAUGAACGAUGAGACCAUCGCAGCUGCCACCCAAGGAGACCUUCGCAAGUUUGCCACCAAUCUGACUAAGGCUGAAGGAGGAGAGCAGGAUAAGUCAGCUGAAGAGAAUCCAGAAGACGACGUUGCUCGCGAGCCAGAAGCCAAGCGCAACCGUCCAGACAACGAGGACAUGGACGUCGAUUAA